GGUUAGAAUUACAUAAAAAGAGGAGCUGUGGGGCCAUGUUCUCUCAGUCAUUUUUAGUUAUUUGGCUCCAGCGAAUUCGCGUCUCGUGUAUAACCGUGAAAUUAUCUUUCGGCUUUAAAUGUGUCUGCGAAUGUGAAAUUUAACCAAGUUUUAUUACGCAAAUACCGUAAAAACUUUCCAAAGAUGUUUAAACAUAAACAGGAUAGAAGUAAACUCUGAUAUUCGGCCCAUAACUGGUCGUAGCUUCAUUGUUGGUUGAAGGCGAACCUACCCCUCGUGCUUAGCUGAUUAUUUCGAUACUUAAUUUUUUGGCGGAAGCGGAAAAAUCCCUAUUCCACACAGAUCAAUGUGCGAAUUCAUCAAGUUCAACAGAGAAUAGGGAACAACAACAUCUAUUAGCAAACGUCAACGUAUAUAUGUAUCAUCUUUAAAACCAUCCGAAUAUAAUCAAAGCACGCGUCAAGGAAAGGCAAAAUUGAGACCACCAGCAUUGCCCUUGGUUCAACUAAGUUAAUCAAGAAACCUAUAAGUGUGCGCUGUAAAUAGCACAGCGAAUUUGACUGGCGAAUCAAUCAGCUGUGACAGUCGAAGUAAAAGUGCGGCAGUGUGUUGAGUGACUCAAUCUUCCUGCAAUCAAGCAAAAAAUGGAGCAAAAGGAUGCCACAACGGAAAAUGCCAAUGGCAAACAGCUGCAAAUGCAGCAAUCCAAACCAGAGCAACGGGACACUGAAAAGAAAACUGAAGAACAAAAACCACAACAGCCAGAACGGACAUCACCAAAGCUAAAUUCUCGAGCUGGCUUAAAAUUAGCCAAAACAAAUGGCGGCACCAAAAAACGUGUAUACAAAGUGGUGCUAACAGGCGGUCCAUGUGGUGGCAAAACAACUGGCCAAUCCCGUCUAUGCACCUUCUUUGAAAAUUUAGGAUGGAAGGUAUUCCGUGUGCCUGAAACGGCUACAGUGCUCCUCAGUGGUGGCGUGAAAUUCUCGGAUCUCACAGAUAAAGAAGCGCCACCAACGCCAAGCACAUUCAAAUACCAAAGUCUACCAUUCGCUGCACCGGAACACAGUCUCAUUGACUUGACCGCAUCCUGUCCACGCUGCUUGGCCGAUGCUGCCUCUAAACCCAAUGGCAGCGAAGCUUUUAAGUUUCAAGAGAAUCUAAUACGUACAAUGAUACAAAUCGAGAAUACCUACUUUGAGUUGGGACAAUCGAGUCUACGUGACUGUUUGAUUAUCUGUGAUCGCGGCGUCAUGGAUGCCAGUGCAUAUAUCUCGAAAGAUAAAUGGGAGAAAAUGAUGUCAGCCAACAAUUGGAAUCCUAUAGAAUUGCGUGAUAAUCGUUAUAAUCAGAUUUUGCAUUUGGUUUCCGCAGCAAAUGGUGCUGAAGACUUCUAUACCACAGAGGAUCAUGCCUGCCGCUCUGAGGGCGUUGAUAUGGCGCGUGAUUUAGAUUAUAAAUCUGCCGCUGCUUGGGUUGGUCAUCCAUAUUUCGAUGUAAUCGAUAAUUCGACAAAUUUUGAAACCAAAAUGAAUCGCCUAAUUGAGGCCGUAUGCCAAAAAGUUGGUAUCGAUAUUGGUGAUCGUCUACUUGCCACAUCAAGAAAACUCAAAUUUCUUGUUGCUUCAUUACCACCCGACUCUGAAUUUCCACCGUUUCAAGACUUCGAUGUUGUACAUCACUACUUGCAAUCCUCAGGACCAAAAGUACAAGCGCGUUUGCGCAAACGUGGCCAAAAGAAUCAUUGGAGCUACAUCCAUACAAUACGCCGUCCCAAUGUCCAUGGACAGUCGCGCAUCGAGGUGAAGACACAACUAACACAUCGCGACUAUAUGAAUUUGUUGGCGCAACGUGACGAUGCACAUUUCACCAUCUACAAGAAGCGUCGUUGUUUCCUCAUCAAUAAUCAAUAUUUCCAAUUGGAUAUUUACAAAGAGCCAAGCCAUCCACGUUGCAAAGGUCUAGUCCUCUUAGAGACCUAUUCAUCACACUCAGGUGAUGCGCUUAAAAACUAUAUGCCAAAAUUCUUGAAUAUCGUAAAAGAGGUCACCGGCGAUCCAGCAUAUUCCAUGUUCAAUUUAUCAUUGCGUGAAGACUGGAGUACGACAAAGAAAUUCUGGCACCCUUUGCCUGAAGUCACAGCCACUAAUGCCAGCAAAUCAAAACAAUCAAACGGCGUGUCGAAUGCGCAAUUGGUACUUAACGGUCAUGCCAAGGGUUAAUUAUGUGUAUGUAGCAUGCUGUAUGUCAUUGAGAACACCCUUUUAAAUAAUUUUAUAAACAUAACAGAUAUUUAUAUAAAUUUAUAGUACAUACUAUCCAAAUUCGAUGUCAUCGCUCACUCUCAUAUUUUGGAGGAAUUCACAUCAGAUUUAUUCAUAUGAAUGUUUUUAAUUACAAUUGUUUAAGAAUAUACCUCCUAUGUGCAUCUAAUUGUUUACACAGCACUUUAUUGCUAAAAUGAUUUUCUAAAAUGAACUCAGAAACACGAGCAUUAUUAACUAAUUCAAAGCGCUUUACUUAAAAUAUAUAUUCCUACGUAAUAUACAACAAGGCUAUGCAGUAGUGAAUAUUUCAUUGUGGUUAUAUGUUUUGGAGACUUCCGCAAAUUGCAAAUUAUGUACUUUACUUAUUGACUCAUAAAAAUAUUUUGAAAAUUUUCACUUAAAACAAGGGCUUACUGUAAAAGAAAAAUUAUGAAUAAUUCUAUUCUAUAUUUGUGGUACUUAAAAAACACUCAACUAAUUUACACAUUUUGUUUCAUUUGUCAAACUUUUCAUAGCUGCGAACUAUAGUUUUAUUGUAAUUUUAUGUAUGUAGUUGUUGUAAGUUUUAGCUGAUAUCCAAGAACAGAGGAAGAAGAACUAAAACAAAGAUAAAAUUAAGUUGAAACGCCGAAUAGCAAAAAUGAUGUCGGCAUAAUAUUUAAUGCUACUUUGCUUAAGAAAAAUAUUUAUUAGAAUUUGUGAAAUAUCAGCCAUGCAUGUGUUAUACAUAUUAGCUCACCAAUUUGUUGUAUUUGGAUAUUUCAAGAUAUAAUCUUGGGAUAAAUCAAUAAAUUGUUAGAAACUUUCAUUAAAAAAAAAAAA